AUGACGAUGGAUGUGUACAACGCAGUGUUACUUACAGCAGGAGCAGUCAGCAUUUCAAUGGCAUCGAAGAAACUAUUAAAAGAACCACUAGGCACCCCAGAGAACGCAAAAGGAAUGGCAACGUUAGCUGUCUCAGUUAGCCUCUCAUCUCUACUGGUAUCUUACCUGAAAGAUAAGAAGUACCUACCAGAUGAUCCAUUCAAACCUAGGUAAGACUAUACAAUGGCGGGAGCAGUAGCGGGAGGACUUUUUAACGCAUUCGCAUUUGCCGGAGCGGGAUACUUAUUUAAAAUGUUUGACAAGAAUGGAUAUGCUAAGGAAGCCCAUAGACAUAACAUUGCAAUGGAGAACCUAACAGCUGAAAGAGAGAAGUACCUUGAAGAAGUCACUGAUAGGAGAAACAGGCUUGCCCAAUUAAGGUCAGAACUAGCUGAGGCGAAUAGGGAUAUUAAUACAACAAAUAAAUCACUGGAACUCGUUAGAAGAAUUAAUGAGCUAACACGUAAGGCUAUGCCGAGGAGACCGCAGUUAAGCAAUCACUACAAACCUAGCCCAGAGAUGGAAGAAUAUAUGGUAAUUUCUGGUUUAAUUAUAGGUGGGGUGGUUGGAGGGGCGGCUUAUUUAUUGCUAUAAAAAUACCACAAUAAAUUUUUACAUAUAUAAUAUAGAGGAAUGGAUUGGCUUGCAAUGGUAGACGUUGACGAAGUGGUGACCUUAGGAAAAAGGGUGGACACCAUAGAAGAACUAGAGGCCGCAGUCAAGAAAUAUGUGGAAUGGCGAAUAAUAAGGAGGCGUAAAAACAAGCAGAAAAAUUUUAACACAUAUAGUAUAGGGAAUGGACUGGCUGACACUGGUAACACCUGAUGAAAUGGAACGAGUCGGUAAGAACGCAAGCACCAUUGAGGAGCUAGAGGCUGCAGUAAUGAAAUACGUGAGAAAUAAAAUGAAGGUCAGGCACACAUACGACCCAGUAUGUAGUGAAUGUGAUAGUAAGUCAAUUGUGGUAAUAGAUAGAGCAGAUACAUGCACACGUUGUGGAACUAGUGCUAUAAACAACUUCACAUACGUAUACUAUGUUAGUUACAACCACAACAAGGACGACUACUUGAAAAAGAAAUCGUCCCAUAAUAGAGUCCGUUGGUUUGAGAGACACUUAUUCGAGCAUGUUGCUUCUGGGGAUAGGGAUACCGUGCGGGAGCAGCUUAGAAGCAUCGUAAGAUGUAUACAGAGACUUAGACUGCAACGGGGGCGCAACAUAGUUAGAUAUAAGUUUUACCUAUUAAGGUUAGCCAGUAUGAACAACAUGAUGUUGAGGAACCCACCUGAGGACAUCAAGACUCAACGAAUUGUGAACAUCCUUGAGGACAGGUUGUAUGGAAAAGUUUUCCCUGAGUUGGGAUGGAAACCUGUAAAUUGUAAAUAUUAUAAUAACUGGAAAUUUAGAUAUAAAUAA